AACCAAGGGAGUCUUUCCAGACGCCUGCGUCUAUUUAAUAAAUUUACAUGGGUUCCACUUCCAGUGUGCCGAGUUCGUACUGCAGGUCUGUUCUGGUGCUUUGGUAUUCAUUUCCAAGGUCUCACCUGCAUCCGCUAAAUAACAUGGCUUGUCGGAGUACAUGCCGAGCAUGGCAGCCAUGCUACUCGGCUGGAUGUCCCAACGCACCACCGCCGUCAACGAACGUGCCGGGUUCCCCUGGUCCGAGCUCACAGAGAAGGGGCGUCAACAAUAGUACUGACGGAUUAGAAGAGCCAUAUUCAUGGUCUAAUAACAACAUCAGGAAUAUUGGCGUAGGCCACAAUUCUGCAGAGGACAUCAACAUGGACAUCCAAGUGGAUGAGGUCUUACGAGGACGAGACAGCGUUCUACUCGGAGUUGGCAACACUGCACACAAGGAUUUGGCUCUUCGUGUUUCUGGGAUUACAGUGACCAAUGUUUCCCGUGGUGAAGAAGAUGCUUUUCAUGCUUCUGGGAGUAGCUACAUGAACGUGAACAGGGGAGGACAGGGGAGUGUCAGAAUUGGGGUUGGCAACCAGUCCGGUGGUGAUGCUCGGAUUGUCAUUUCCGGCAACCGGAUAAGACCAACUUCCUCUGCUAACCAUGAAGAUGGCAUACGCAGGGGUUCCACUCACAGAGGCAGGGAAAGGUGGAGCUCCCCUUUUGGAGAUCGACGUAGACAUUAAUUAACACGUACAACUUUCUGUAAAAUUUCCAUCCCUUUUAAUUUGUUUAUGUAUCGCUUAAG